UAUCUACUCUCCACAUAACAAUAGCUAAACUGUGUACUUUACUGAUAGUAAAGCUACUUCCAGAGAGGAAAUCAAGCAACCAUGGCCGACAGUAAUCUGAGUCUAAGAUGGUCUCUCAAAGGAAUGACUGCUCUAGUCACUGGUGCAACCAAAGGAAUUGGGUAUGCUAUUGUUGAGGAAUUAGCCGGGCUAGGUGCAACGAUUCAUAUUUGCGCCCGUACCAAAGACGACAUUGAUAAGUGCUUGAAAGACUGGGAGGCAAAAGGUUAUCAAGUUACUGGUUCAGUAUGUGAUGUUUCUGUUCCGGCAGAACGCGAGGAACUGAUGAAAACAGUUUCUACUGUUUUCGGUGGAAAGCUCAACAUCCUUGUAAACAAUGCUGGUUUAUACAUAUUUAAAAAUACCUUGGAAUUCACUGCUGAGGAUCACACAAAAGUCAUGACAACAACCUUGGAUUCUGCUUACCAUUUCUCAACACUUGCACAACCUCUCUUGAAAGCAUCCGGUUCAGGAAACAUUGUUUUCAUUUCCUCUGUUGCUGGUGUCGUUGCUUUACCAAUGGUAUGCAGUUAUUCAGCUUGUAAAGGAGCAAUAAAUCAAAUUACCAAGAAUUUCGCCUGUGAAUGGGCCAAAGACAAGAUUCGUGUCAAUUCCGUGGCACCAUGGCUUAUCAAAACUCCACCUAUCGAACAGCUAAUGCAAGACAAGGAGCAGCUAGAUAGCGUCAUCUCACGAACCCCAAUCCGUCGCCUAGGAGAACCAGAGGAUGUCUCAUCUCUGGUUGCUUUCCUAUGCCUCCCAGCUGCUUCUUACAUCACUGGCCAAGUUAUUUGUGUGGAUGGCGGAUUUUCAGUCAACGGUUUCCAUCCAUUACAUGACUAGUAGCAGUAAGAAAUUGGAUAUUCCUAUAUGUUGGAGAGAAUAACAAUUAAGUAUGCUAUUUGAUUAAAUCCUUGUCUGUUUCGUUGAUGUGACAGAACAACAUAUUAAAAUGGCGUAAGAAAGAAACAAGCACAAGCAAUCAAAUUUAAUAGUUGUAUUUUAAGA